ACAUCCAAACCAGGAGAGAAAGAGAAAGAGAAAGAGAAGGAGAAAGAAAAUGAUAAGUGCAGAUGAUUUCUACAAAGUCAUGUGUGCAAUGGUUCCUCUCUACUUCGCAAUGCUAAUCGCAUACGCAUCGGUGAAAUGGUGGAAGAUAUUCACUCCAGAACAGUGCUCCGGCAUAAACCGGUUCGUCGCAGUCUUCGCCGUGCCGGUGCUAUCUUUCCACUUCAUAUCUCAGAACAAUCCAUACCAAAUGGACACCAAGUUCAUAUUGGCUGAUACUCUGUCUAAGCUCUUUGUGUUUGCUUUGCUCUCAGUUUGGGCUAUCUUUAAAGGAGGUUUAGACUGGUUGAUCACUCUAUUCUCAGUUGCUACUCUGCCUAACACACUUGUCAUGGGUAUUCCUUUGCUUAGGGCCAUGUAUGGUGACUUCACUCAGAGCCUCAUGGUCCAACUGGUUGUUCUUCAAUGCAUAAUCUGGUAUACAUUGUUGCUAUUCCUAUUUGAAUAUAGAGCUGCCACCAUCCUAAUCCAAACCCAGUUCCCCGGUUCCACCGCCGCCUCCAUCUCGAAAUUCGAAAUCGACGGCGACGUCAUCUCCCUCGACGGCCGGGACCCACUUCGUACCGAGUCCGAAAUCGACGGCACCGGUCGCAUCCGCGUCCGCAUCAGACGCUCCACAUCCUCCGCCCCUGACUCCGCAUUAUCCUCCUCCAUCGGAAUCACUCCCCGGGCAUCCAAUCUCUCCGGCGCCGAAGUCUACUCCGUCCACACUCCGGCGCCGCAGCAUGAUAUCUCUUUCGGAGAUCUAGCUUUCGGGUACCGAUCCGCGAGUCCUCGGCUAUCUGGGUACGCAUCGUCCGACGCGUACUCGCUCCAGCCGACGCCACGGGCCUCCAAUUUUAACGAAUUGGACAUCACUAUGGCGAACACGCCAACGUGGGUCAGAUCUCCGGUGGCCGGGAAGGUUUUCCGGCACCCUUCUCCGGCAUUUUCAGGGAUGAAAAUGGUGUGGGAGUCGCCGGAGAAGUAUGAGGGUGGUGGUGGUGGAGAGAGACGAGGGGGGUGCAAAGAUGCUGUUGGAGAGAAAGAUCUUAGCUUCAGAGACUGUGGGAAAUUUCCUGUGGCUGAAGAAGCAGAUUCGAAGGGCGCAGCGACCAAUCAGGGGAUGCCAAGUGCCCUUGUCAUGCUAAGACUGAUACUGAUCAUGGUUGGACGAAAACUUUCUCGCAAUCCAAACACAUACUCAAGUGUGUUAGGGCUUCUCUGGUCUCUAAUCUCAUUUAAAUGGAAUGUUGGGGUGCCCAGUUUGGUGAAGUACUCCAUAAAGAUAAUUUCUGAUGCAGGUCUUGGGAUGGCCAUGUUCAGUUUAGGGCUGUUCAUGGCUCUUCAGCCACGGAUAAUUGCUUGUGGCAUAAAAAUGGCAACAAUAGGGAUGGUGAUCCGGUUCCUUGGAGGACCGAUACUUAUGUCAGCUGCAUCUGUAGCUAUCGGACUUAGAGGAGAUCGGCUGCACACGGCCAUAGUACAGGCAGCUCUUCCACAAGGGAUUGUACCAUUUGUCUUUGCAAGGGAAUAUGGGUUGCAUCCUGACAUCCUAAGUACUGGGGUUAUCUUUGGCAUGUUAGUUUCCUUGCCAGUUACCCUCCUCUAUUAUGUCUUGUUAGGCCUAUGGUGAAUAUUGGGGGGCAUCAAUAAAGCAUGCAAAUGUGGAGCAUCCAAAGUAUACUUUAUGUCCCCUCACCACCAUCCAUGCUGACCCUUCUUGGCCCCAUUAUGUUGAAUCAACCCAACAUUCGACACGUCAUCCUUGAUUACCCCAUUAAUGUUGUUAUAUUACUUUGAUGAUCAAUGGUGUUUAGCACUUCUUAGUCAUGUAAAAUGAUCAGAACAAAGUUGACUUAAUUAAGGUCUAUUUUCGAAACCCAGAAAAUUAGGAUUUUUACUUGUAUGGAUUGUGACAGAACAAUGUUAGGGUCUUCAAGUUCUGGUUUCACUGUCCUUAGUACAUAAGAUUAUUAGUGGUAGCCGAAAGGAAAUGGGACUAUGAUGACUUAUGAUUAAGGUAGGUGACAUGGUUUUCUCUUUGUGAGGGGUGUGAAAGAAGGUUGUUGCUACUAAGUUAUGUUUGAUUCUCAAGAAAAGGCAAGAAAAAAGAAAAGAAAAGAAGGUGAAAUCAUUUAAUUUUUGCUUUAGUGUUUUUCUGUCAUUUUGAUUUUGGAAACAAUCAUCACACAUUGGUCUUUGCUUUGUGCUUUUCUCAAGAUGUUUAGUAUAUGAAACAAAGAUCAUAUUGCCUUA